AUGUUUGGGGUUGGGUUGAAGCUACAAGUUCCUUCAUCACUCCAGACCUAUCUACUCUCCAUUAAACAAUUCUCAAGUCAAGAUUUAGACUACAAUUUUCCUGAACAUGAAGUACAUCUCAUCGCUUCUUGUGCUUUUAUCCCUGGUAGAUGCAACAUAGACGAACUCAAGAAGGUGGUCGUAGCAUCCACUCAAAAAGCUGAAGAGUACGCCGACAAGAAAGAUGCAGCCGCCAGCAUGAAAGGUACACCAGGCUACGACCCUGACGAAGUGGAAGAAUUGGGUCAACUGAUGUCGGCUCAAAGAAAACAAGCGUUUAUGGCGGGGGUUGCGUACAGGCAAGCAGGGGGCGAAAAGAAUAUGGAUCCCAUGACAGGGGAGCCCUUCGAAUAA